UGUGUUAUUGUUUCCUUAGACAGAGGUGCAAAAAAGCAAGUAAAGAAAAUCUUGGACACGAGCACUGAAUGCAGCACCAGUGACACUGAUGAAGAGUCCCUGAUUUCUUCCUCCUCUUCAGAGUCACCUGAUAGCGACAUUCCUCGGAAGAGGAAAAGAGGACAUAAAAAGAAGACAAAGAGUGCUAGCAGGUCAAAAUCUGCCAAACACAGCUCACGUGCAACAGCCCCAGACGAUGUACUGAAGCGGUACAAUAAAGUUUUUCGUGCCUUCAACAAAGAAGGGAGCAUCAGUAAGGCAUGCACCAAAGUUGGGGUUGACCGAAAUACACUCGCAUUAACAGCUGUUGUGGCUGAAAUACAGCUUAUUGAUCCAGAGUUUUACCGAAACAUCCCGAAGUUCAGAGCCAAGGAGGAGAAACUCUUCGACUUUGCAAAGCGGUGCCUGCAGUCACUGACAGCAGACAUCAGAUCUGCCAUAGAAAAUGCCAAAAAAGAGCGUAAACUAUUACCAGUAACAUACAAGUUGAGAUAGAGAGACACAAAACCUCCAAGCUGCUUAUUUCAUGUUUAGAUGUUGGUUUAAGGUAAAUUUUGUUAUUCACGUCAGUUCACGUUGGAUGUAAUUCACAUUGAGUUCCCAAUUUUGGUUGAUGACAUACAAUUUAGUUAUACAAGCUUUUUUUUUUAUUAUUUGAUAAUGUAUAAUAUAUUUAAUUUCCAACAAUGUCAGUAUGUUAAAAGCAUAUUUAGAUUCACAAUAGCAGAGUUUUUCUAUUUUUGUUUUUUAUUUUUAUUUUAGGCAGUCUAAAGGCCCCUAUGCUGUUUUAGCGGUAACCCAGCUGCAGGUAUACUUCUAAAGUUUUACUUUAGAAUCUGUUACACUGUUGAGUGUAAUGUGUUAAUAAACAUUGUUUAUCUGUACUGCAUUCUUUUCUCUUUAAUUAACAUGUAACAUUUCACAAUGUAAGGUUAAAGUUCCUAUGAAAUUAUCAUGUAAGGACACUAAUGGCACACAACAAUGACCCUAACAAUUACACUUUAUAUUAAGUGGACAGUUCCUGAGGAGUUACCAUGUAAGUACACUGUGAUUAAAGUGUUGCACAGAGAAUUAGGUUUUACAUAUUACACAGUAAAUUGUGUCCAUUUUACACUUUAUAUUAAGUGGACAGUUCCUGAGGAAUUACCAUGUAAGUACACUGUAAUUAAAGUGUUGCACAGAGAAUUAGGUUUUACAUAUUACACAGUAAGUUGACCAUUUUACACUUUAUAUUGAGUGGA